GUUCACUUAGCUUUUCCAUUUUCAAAGGUAGUUGUCCUCUUACUAAAAUCCUAUAAAAAUGGUGAAACGUAAAGCCUUAAUAGAUAGCGAUUCUAGUGAAAAUUCGGAUAGCGAUUUGGAUUCGGAAUUCCUACACCUGACAAAAAAGAAAGCCCCCAGACAAUCAAAAUCUAGCUCAGAAGACGAUUCCAGCGGCUCAGAUACUGAUGCAAAAAACACCAAAAAGACAGUAAAAAGAGACAUUGCCAGUUCAGAAUCUGAAGCUGACAAAAGAAAGACACCUCGAGCUAAAACCACUCAGCAUAAUUCAGAUUUGGAAGAAGGUGAAGUCUCAGACUCAUCAGAUACUUCAGAAGAUGAAUUCAACGAUGGUUAUGAUGAUCAGCUCAUGGGUGAUGCAGAAGAUAGAGCCAGGCUUGCUGGUCUUACUGAAAAGGAAAGGGAAACUGAAAUUUUCAAACGGAUAGAACGCAGGGAACUCAUGAAAACUAGAUUUGAAAUUGAAAAGAAACUGAGGCAACAAAAAAGGCGGGAAAGAGCCAGAGACAAACCUCCUGGUACUAAAGAAAAGAAAAAAGACAAAGAUAAGGAAAAAAAGAAAGUUGAAAAGAAAGAGGAAGAAAAAGUUGUGCAAAAAGACAAACCUAAACCUGUUGUUAAGGAGGUUGAACCAGUUGUCGAAACUGUUGAUCAGGAGGAAGGUGAACUGGAAACUGGUGGUGAUCUUCAGCUUGAUUUCAGCUCAAUUGAUCAUAAGGAAAGGAGUAAAGAGAGAAAGAAGAAUAUUGAAGAGAAUAGGGGGAAAACUGAAAAUAAAAGAUUUAACGCAAUGGCCGAAUUGAAAGCUCGCAGAGAGGGCAAACAAAAGCGCGAAGAAGCGGAAGAAGAGCGAAAAAGACGCGAAGAAGAAAAGCGCAAGCUGCAAGAAGAAGAGGAAGGAGACUCGAUGUCAAAAAAGAACGAAAAGAAACUUAAAACCUCAGAUAUUUAUUCUGAUGAUAGUGAUAGUGACAGCGACAACAACGCAAACAAAGCCAAAGCUAGAUCAAGGUCUAGGUCAAGAUCCAGAUCUGGAUCAAGAUCAAGAUCAUCUAGCUCUAGCUCAAGCAGUAGCGAUAACGAUCAAGAAGAAGAGGAAGCAAAAAAAGCAGCUUAUAUUCCUACCAGACAAGAUUUGAACAGCAUAAGAUUAUCGAGACACAAACUAGAACGCUUUGUCCAUAUGCCCUUUUUCGAUCGCAUCGCCAAAGGUUGCUACAUUAGAAUAGGAAUCGGUCAGCACAAUGGUUCCGCCGUAUACCGUGCAGCUGAAGUCAUUGCCGUCUAUGAAACAGCAAAAAUCUACGAACUAGGCAAAACAAAAACUAAUAAAGGCCUAAAAGUGAGACAUGGUGCCCAAGAGCGUAUUUUCAGGCUGGAAUUCGUGUCCAAUUCAGAAUUUACCGAGGGAGAGUUUCAAAAGUGGGUCGAAGCAGUUGGAGCGUCGGGCAAGGAGUUGCCUACCAAAGCGCAAAUCGAACAAAAACAGGCCGAUAUUAAGGAGGCUGUUAAUUAUGAGUAUAAUGAACAAGAUGUUGAGAGAAUUAUCAGAGAAAAAGAACGAUUCAAACAAAACCCUCACAACUACGCAAUGAGAAAAGCUACCCUAAUGAAAGAAAGAGACGCAGCUAUGGCACGAGGCGACGACGAUUAUGCCCGAGAAAUGAGCGAAACUUUGUCAACUCUGGAAGAAAGAGCUUCCGAGUUGGACAAAAGAAGGACAGUCACAAUAUCCAGUAUUUCUUAUAUCAAUGACAGAAACAGGAAAAAGAAUGUAGAAGAAGCGGAAAAAGCUAUUAUUGCGGAAGUAAAAGCCAAUAAAGGAAAAAAGAUUGAUGAUCCAUUUACAAGGAGAUUGACAAAACCAAGAAUGAAUUUCAAACCGGGCGAAAAGGAAUCUUUGGCAGCAAUGGAAAAAGAAGCAGAAGCAAAAAGACAAGUUAAAGGUACAGAUGUGAAUCAGGAUCAACAAAUAAAAAGAAAAGAAGAAAAACAACCCCAAGUGACACAAGAAGACUUAUUUUCUGCUCACGAUUUUGACAUUAAAAUCGAUUUGGAAGUGCCAAUGCCAGCUCCAUCAGUUAACAUUGUUCCAAAAAUGACACCGAAAGAUUUAGCGCCGCGGAGAAGUCUCAAUUUGCAAGACUACAAAAAGAAACGGGGACUUAUUUAGUAUUUACCCAAGGCUUUAGAGUAUUUUCCAAUGUUAUCCUAUUCACUCUUUUUAAAUAGCCAGAUAUUACGUAGAGUUUAAGUAAUAUUUUCAACAGAAAAAAAAAGUCUCGUGAUUGAAGUGCUGCCAACUAGCUAAUUUUUUUUCCAACUUGAUUUCAAACAUUGUUGCUCUUUUUACUACUAAGAUAAGUUUAUUAUAUAAAAAAUCUACAUGAUGUUUUAAUUUAAUUAGACAGAGUUGUGUCGAUUUAUUUUUAAUGAAACGGAAUAAAUGGAUUGUGUAUUUAGAUAUUAAUCUGCCUCAUUGGACAAAAAUAAGCCUUUAGGAAUUAGAUGACAUGUAAAGAAGAAACUUGUACUUCAAUAAAUAUUGAUUAAUGAAGAUUUCUUUAAUGUUUGC